AUGAAAGAAAUUUUUAAGCACGAAAAUUUCCGGUCAGAGUUGCAGAAAGAUGCAAUCUUGGCCAUCAUGAAAGGAAACAGUGAUGUGUUUGUGUCAAUGCCAACUGGGGCAGGUAAGUCCCUUUGUUACCAACUACCUACAAUGGCAAAAUCGGGUAUUGGCCUCGUGAUAUCCCCUCUUAUCGCCCUCAUCAAUGACCAGCUUGCCGGUUUGAAUAAAUUAGGCAUACCUGCCUUGACCAUUAAUUCAAAACUUAAUGCUGCUGAAAGGAAAAGGGUGAUGUUAGACCUAAAAAAUGUAUCCCCAACUACAAAAUUCCUCUACAUAACACCAGAACAAGCAGCUACACCGACAUUUCUCGACAUUACCAAAUCUCUACACAAACGAAACUUACUACUCUACAUAAUAGUUGACGAGGCCCAUUGCGUUUCACAGUGGGGACAUGAUUUCAGACCUGACUACCUAAAAUUAGGAAACUUUCGAAAAAUUUUUGGCAAUGUACCUUGUAUAGCCCUGACUGCUACUGCAACACAAAACGUAGUCAAUGAUAUUAUUAGUAAUCUGUCACUGAAGAGGCCUAUUGCAAUCUUCAAAAGUUCAUGUUUCAGAAGCAAUUUAUUCUAUGAGGUUAAAUACAAAGAUUUACUUGGCUCUCCUAAGGAUGAAGUUAAAGAUCUGCUGGAGUUUGUCAGGAAAUGUUUGAAUGUUAAACCACACGGUUGUGGCAUAAUCUACUGCAGAACUCGGGACAAGUGCGAUGAGCUGGCAGAGAGAUUGACCCUGGAAGGGUUCAAUGUCAAGGCCUAUCACGCUGGUCUCAAAAAUGACGUCAGAAAUUCCGUGCAACAGGAUUGGCUGGAUGGAAAGGUGCCCAUUAUAACUGCUACCAUUAGUUUUGGUAUGGGAGUCGACAAGCCAGAUGUCAGAUUUGUAAUCCACUGGGACCUGCCUAAAUCGAUGGCCGGUUAUUACCAGGAGUCAGGGCGAGCUGGUAGGGAUGGGCUGAAAUCCUAUUGUAGACUUUAUUAUUCCAUAAAAGAUAAAAAUACAUUGGCCUACUUGAUACAAAGUGAGAUGAAUGCAUCAAAGAAUAAGGUUUAUUUUUUUUUAUCAUUUUACUCUCUUAACUUUUUGAUUUUAUUUCAUUGCUUUGAGGUUUUAAAUAAAGUAGAUAAUAAAUAA